UGGCCGCAGUUUUUGCAACUGGAGGAAUUACAUAAUUUUUUACGGAAAAACUUUUCUUCAGAAAAUGCGUAAAUUAUCGCCUAAUUUUGCAUUUGGAUGAAUUACAUGGUUCCAUUACACUAGCUUUACGAUGCUCGGUAUUUGUUUGCUGCAAUAAGGUUUAUAUGCGCCAACCUUUUGUGACUUUUUGAAGGAGUUUUGCAGAAAGUCGGCCGCCAUCCAGGGCUUCCUUCCAUGGCUCUGGUUUAUCGCACUCGUAAUCGCCAUGGAUAUGCAGUCAAGUUCUCUCCUUAUUUUAGCCACAGACUAGCGUGUGCAACKUCACAGCAUUACGGCAUUGCAGGGAAGGGUACGUUGUUCAUACUAGAUGUUAUUCCUGGUGGAGUAGCCGUGUUCAGACAGUUUGAGUGGACUGAUGGACUGUUUGACUGUGCAUGGAGUGAACAUAAGCAAGACUUUAUUGCUACAGCUAGUGGAGAUGGAUCACUACAGUUGUGGAAUAUUAACAGUCCAGAGCAACCUCUCAAAGUCUUCAAGGGACACACUGCUGAGGUAUAUGGAGUAGACUGGUCUAGUGGCAGGGACACUGACCUCUUCUUGAGUGCUUCUUGGGAUCACACCAUAAGGCUGUGGGAUCCACAGCGAUUUGAGAUGCCAUCUUUAUCAAGUUUCACUGGGCAUCARAAUGUUGUAUACUCAGCCCUCUGGUCACCUCAUCUACCAAGGACCUUUGUGACGGCAUCUGGYGACCACACCCUUGGUAUUUGGGACACCUCCACACCCAGCCGACCACARCAGAUAAUAAGGGCUCACGACGGCGAAGUGCUUACUUGUGAUUGGAUGAAAUAUGAUGAGCACAUUGUUGUAUCAGGGUCGGUGGAUACUUUCAUCAGAGGGUGGGAURUACGUAAUACUGAGUCUCCUGUGUUCAGUUUCAAAGGCCAUCCAUACGCUGUACGUAGACUAAGGUGUUCUCCUCAUCAAGGGAAUAUCCUAGCGUCUUGUUCUUAUGACUUCACCGUGCGUACAUGGGACAUCAGAGAGACUUCUCCUCUACAGACCAUUGAACAUCACUCUGAGUUUGUGACGGGUCUAGACUUCAACGUUCAUGCUCAGGGACAGAUGGCUGACUGUUCUUUUGAUGGUCUGGUCGUAAUCUACAGUCCUCCCUCUAUUAUCCCUCAUGACAAAUAACAAAACUAAUUUUAAGAAAUAUAAGACACACAGGUCUCUGUACUCUGAUAUAAAUACACUUGUAGCCRCAGAGCACGAGACUGAGAAGUAAGCUUAAGAACAUGAGGCAUAGCAAAUUGUUUCUCUUGCUUCUCAUUUGCUCCUACAGCUCCCAUAGUGUUUAUGUUACAGUACAGAGACUUAAGCAAGCAUUUUAUAUUGCUUUUAURAAAUAUUUUUGAACAAUAUUUUGCCCGAGUGUGUCUCUAUCCUCUAAUAUAUAAUGAUGGUAGUCAGGCAACCAGUGCCCAGGUUAUAUUUCAAAUAUUUUAUAAUAAUAUACAUAAUAUAUAAAAGAUUUCUAAAUCUUCUGAGAACUGCAUUGCUUCACUGUAAGGAAUGUGAUAGGACUGAGUACUCGGCUGCAGAGAUGCUUUUCUGCCCUCUAUUUUGGGAUCAUGUACUAAGAGAGAAAUAAUGGUAGCUUAUUUUCCCAUUCAAUUGUAAGCACAGAGACUCUUUAAGGCUGGUUUAGAUGGUACAAUUUUCGCCUACAACUAUCGUAUACAAUACGCUCGUGCCAUCCUAUAACUCGAGUUGAGGGUGUAAAUCAAGCCUACAACUCGCCUACGACAGACGUGAGCGUGUUGUAUACGAUAGUUGUAGGCGAAAAUCGUACUGUCUAAACUGGCUUUUAGAAAUCUUAGAAGACAUCAACUGAUGAAGAAAAUUAAGAGAAAAUGUAUACGCUGUCAUGUUAUGUGCAGUUUUAUUAUGUAAUAACACAUUGCUACACAUACCCUGAUUGGUYAAGAACUGUGCUGUGUAAGUAAAGAAAGCAUGGUGCUGACAGAGUAAUAUAAUUUCUGAAGAGGAAGCCAUAUGCUGGCUUUCUGGGUGAAUUAAAAAUUAUUAUUAGAUUUAAUUUUAGCUUAAUUUCUUUUCUUUUUUUCUUUUAGUGAUUGUAUAGAUAUAUUUUUUUAUAGAUAUAUGAUUUAUUUGUGUCCCCAGUUAGUCACUGAGACUAAAUAUAUUGACACAUUAAUAGAGGUUGAUUGAUUGAUUGAUUGAUUAUAGCUAUGCCCCUUGAAAUGAUCAUGGAUCUGCCAUUGAUCCUGUAAAUAUAUAUAUAUAUAUUAAUUUUGUAACUAUUUUAGGGAAGUCUGGUACAUAAAGGAGAGAUGAUAAAUGAUAAUUGAUAAUAUUAUCUCAUGAGGURAAAAAUAUUUAGCUAUCUAUUUAUGGCUAGAUAUUAGGACCACAUAUUUAAAAAUGUAUCUUUCCAAUCAGUGUUUCUCAAUGAUAAUGUUGAAGAUGACAAAA